ACACGUCUUUUCCUCCCACUUUGUCCCCAGCUUCAGAAGAUGGUUCACUUAAAGUCAAAGGUGAACACACUGAAAAGGAAGAUGGCGUUUUGAAUUCGGAGCCAAUGGAAAUGCGACAAAGAGAACCUGCCAUCCUCUACAGCUGCCGACAGGAAUAUGGUGAAUAUGACAGCAUGGAGCUAGAGAAGCAUUCAGGGCCAUAUGACCUCAUCAGACCUCCUGGUGGAAAGCUGAACUGUGACACUUGUGGACUGGGCUGCGUCAGCCUCAACGUUUUGAUGGUUCACAAACGCAGCCAUACAGGUGAACGACCUUUCCAUUGUAACCAGUGUGGGGCCUCCUUUACUCAGAAAGGCAACCUUCUUCGCCAUGUUAAACUUCACACUGGAGAAAAACCAUUCAAAUGCCACCUUUGUAGCUACGCCUGUCAAAGAAGAGAUGCACUCACUGGCCACUUAAGGACACAUUCUG